AUUUCUCAGCACCUCACACUGACUUCUGGGAUGCGAGCAGCAGCGUUUCGCAGCCAAUGUCUGUCUAUCGCAUGACAAGUGACCCGGCUGCAGCGUAUCAGCGGGGACAGAGAGAGGCUGCGACCUGCUGCUGUCUCAGUUUGGUUUCGGCGAGGCGCGACAAAUGGCAGGCUGCGGGGGCUUCUUCUUCUCUCUCCUCAACUACAAGACAGAGAAAUAUGUCAUUGCCGAAAACAGGAAAAUCGGGCUUUUGUUUCGGCUCUAUCAGCUGGCGGUGCUCGGAUACAUAAUCGGAUGGGUGUUUGUGAUGAAGAAAGGGUACCAAGAGAGGGAGGAUGCAAUCCAGACUUCAGUCAUCACCAAGCUCAAAGGCGUGUCUCUGACCAACUCCUCGGACACAGGACCUUACCUGUGGAGCGCAGAGGAUUACGUCAUACCUCCAAAUGGUGAGCAGGUGUUUUUUGUAGUAACAAAUUACAUAAAGACCCCGAAUCAGAGGCUGGGCUUCUGUGCUGAGAGUUUUAAGGUACCAGAUGGACGAUGUCGGAGCGACGACGACUGCCCUGAGGGGGAAAGUGUGACAGCUGGACAUGGAAUAAAGACGGGCUUGUGUUUGAACAGCACAGGGACCUGUGAGCUUCACGCUUGGUGUCCUAUCGAAAACAGUCGGAGGCCAACAGAGCCAUUACUGAGGGAAGCAGAAAACUUCACCAUCUACAUCAAGAACUUCAUCCGGUUCCCCAAGUUUGAUUUCUCAAAGUCAAAUGUCCUUGAAACAUCUGAUGAGGGCUACCUAAAGAGAUGCUUCUAUGAUAUAGAGAACCAUCCCUACUGCCCCAUCUUCCGCCUCAGAGAUCUGGUCAGCAGAACGGGGCAUGACUUCCAGGAGAUGGCUGUUAAGGGCGGCUCUAUCGGUAUUCUCAUCGAGUGGAACUGCGACCUGGAUAAGGACUCGUCAGAGUGUAAUCCACAGUACAGCUUCACCCGUUUGGACAUGAACUUAAACAACUCUGUUACAUCAGGAUACAACUUCAGACAUGCGAGAUAUUACAAAGAUCAAAACGGUGAAACUUUUCGCACACUGUACAAAGUGUUUGGGAUUCGAUUUGACAUCAUGAUCAAUGGGAAGGCUGGGAAAUUCAACAUCGUUCCUACAAUAAUUGCGUUUGGCUCAGGUGUUGCCCUGAUGGGUAUCGGAGCCUUUGUGUGUGAUAUGAUACUUCUCUACAUGAUGAACACAAGCUCCUACUACCGAGAGAGGAAAUUUGAAAUAAUCAACUUUAAAAGAGAGGAAAAUAAACAGAAGGACGAUAAAGCAAGCAACCGGGAUAGGAGAUCCAGAAAAGCCGGCGUGGACAAAGAUGCAGCCAACUCUAUCAAAAAACCGGAGGAAACUGAACUAACGGUGGAGACGUCUGCUCCUGAGGAGAGCCACGCGGAGAAACGGGGUCCCACCGUUCCACGCAACACGGGGCAGCGAUACUCAGCUGUCCAGUCCAAACAAGGCGCGGCGCCAAAGCAUCACAUCAGUUUCUCUUCGCACAACUAGCAUGGGGGGCAACUGAAGACUACUGGACUGCAGACGUCUCUUUAACGCUGCGGAAGGUGGAUCCCAGUGUCAGACUGACGUCUGCUGAUGGCCCGGUCCCUGACUGAUGCGCUGAAGGAGGGAAAUCUCAAAUAUUCUGCAGCACGAGGGACCAGGCAGUCAAAGGAGGAGGGUGAUCGUUAUGUUCAAUGAGUUAAACUAAAACUUUGUCAAGAGUUGAAUGUCUAUCAAGACUUAAAGCGUCACUGACAAGAAUCGCUAAAUACGUAGAUGUGGGGCAGGCUAGUGAGGGCCGAGGGUUUGAAAAUGACUGCGUGAAUGGAGAUGGUGCCAAAGGGCGCGAGUGGUGUCAUUAAAGGGCCUGUUUGUAAAGUUGCAUGACAAAUAGCGUCACUGUUACAUCUGUAUACUCCAAAGGCUUGGCAGUCGUACGAUGCAAGCACCCAACCUCAUAUCAAACGUACAUUUGUGUCGAUAAUGUGACUGUCGGAUGUUGCGACCUGUAAAAUAAUCGUCCAACUUGUAAAGUCAACACUUCCUUUGGUAGCUGUUUCACAAAAACUGAAUCACUUUAAUUUACAUCACUGGUCUUACGAGAAGCAAAUCCACUAUGGGAUAUCGGGGCCAUUGCAGAUAGAAAAAACUCACAUUUUGAAACUAAUCUUAAACAUUUUACAAAAAAAAGAAAUAAAUCAAUAACUUUAAUAAUUAAAAAGUAACUUGAGUUUCAAAAGUUACAAAUUUUUGACUUUUGAAACUAAAGUUUAUUUCCAGAAAACUUGAGUUUUUUUUAGGCAGAAAUAUCCUUUUAUUUUUUUACUCUACAAUAAUCCAUUGUACAAACCUGAUUAUUUUCUGCUGGAUUUUUCUUUUGUCAAGAUUGCAAUUUGUUACAGUAAAACAAUGACCCUUGUGAAUAUCCUUAAGCUUUUCUUAAAACUAAGCCAUUUGAGUAAAAUGUGAACAUUUUUGAGCGGAAGAUGUAGAAAUAGAAAAGGUCAGGGUACAACGCCAUGAUUUGUAACAGACGUGUCAAAGAUGCUUUUGGAAGCAAUAUGUAAAAAAAAA